CAAGCACAGGGCGACAGUAGCCGUUUCCGGUUCCGGUGUAAACGGGCUCGGCUUUGAGCGGUAGGUGGGUGCAACCCAGGUCCCCUCCCCCCCCUCCUGGGAGCAGCGUGGGGCUGGGGGCGGAAACCCUGCAGGUGACGCUGCGGCGCGGAGGCCCCGGCGGCAUGAAUCGCCCGAAGCCGGCCACGGUUCGCCGUCCCAGCGCGGUGCCCAAGCCCUCGGCUCAUCCUCCACCAGGAGAUUUUAUCGCCUUGGGGUCGAAAGGCCAGGCCAAUGACUCUAAAGCUGCUGUCACACUGCUUAAGCCAGCCCCAGCUGGAUUGCCUUCUGAGCGUAAACGGGAGGGGUCCGCUGCUUUAUCUAGUGCAUCCAGCCUGACGGGAUUGACCAAACGCCCCAAACUCUGCUCCACGCCUCCCCUGAGUGCCCUAGGACGUCUGGCAGAGGCUGCAGUGGCUGAGAAACGGGCCAUUUCACCCUCAAUAAAGGAACCGUCUGUGAUUCCAAUUGAAGUUGUCCCCACGGUGCUGGUGGAUGAGAUUGAAGCAGCUGAGGCAGAGGGCAAUGAUGACCGCAUUGAGGGGGUGCUGUGUGGAGCUGCGAAGCAGCUGAAAAUGAACAGAGCCAAGCCUGACCCUACGUUGUACUUGAGUCUGAUGUAUUUGGCAAAAAUCAAACCCAAUAUAUUUGCCACCGAGGGGGUUAUUGAGGCACUGUGUAGCCUCCUCCGACGAGAUGCCUCCAUCAACUUCAAAGCCAAAGGGAACAGCCUGGUGUCCGUCUUGGCCUGUAACCUUCUUAUGGCGGCUUACGAGGAGGACGAGAACUGGCCGGAGAUCUUUGUCAAGGUUUACAUUGAGGACUCGCUUGGAGAGCGCAUCUGGGUGGACAGCCCUCACUGCAAGACGUUUGUGGAUAACAUCCAGACAGCCUUCAGUACAAAGAUGCCCCCGAAGAGCAUGCUGUUGCAUGGGGAAGUUGGCCGCAGUGGAGGUGAUCUUAGUGCAGGGAGUAGCCCCCACCCCGCCAUGGCAGAGGAGGAAGAUAGCCAGAGUGAGUUGCUGAUUGCAGAGGAGAAGAUGAGUCCAGAGCAGGAGGGACAGCUUAUGCCCAGAUACGAAGACCUCGCGGAGAGUGUGGAAGAAUAUGUUUUGGACAUGCUACGGGACCAGCUCAACCGGCGGCAGCCAAUGGAUAACGUCUCCAGGAACCUCCUUCGACUGCUGACGGCUACUUGUGGCUAUAAAGAGGUCCGGCUGAUGGCUGUUCAGAGGCUUGAGAUGUGGUUGCAGAACCCAAAGCUGACCAGACCAGCCCAGGACUUGCUAAUGUCAGUCUGUAUGAACUGCAACACACAUGGGUCUGAGGACAUGGAAGUCAUUUCCAACCUGAUCAAAAUCCGUCUCAAACCCAAAGUCCUUCUCAACCACUACAUGUUGUGUGUCAGAGAGCUGCUGAAUGCUCACAGGGACAACCUGGGUACCAUGGUCAAGUUUGUGAUUUUCAAUGAACUUUCAAAUGCAAGAAACCCCAACAACAUGCAGAUUCUCUACACAGUGCUACAGCACAGCUCCGAGCUAGCACCAAAGUUCCUGGCGAUGGUGUUCCAGGAUUUGCUGACUAAUAAGGAUGAUUACCUGCGGGCCUCGCGGGCACUGCUGCGAGAGAUCAUCAAACAGACGAAACAUGAGAUCAACUUCCAGGCUUUCUGCUUGGGGCUCAUGCAGGAGCGGAAGGAGGCCCAAUAUACAGACAUGGAAUUCAAGGAGCGGUUUGUCAUCCACAUAACUGACCUGCUGGCUGUCUCCAUGAUGCUCGGCAUCACGGCUCAGGUGAAGGAGGCUGGGAUUGCAUGGGACAAAGGAGAGAAAAAGAACUUGGAGGUGCUGCGUUCCUUCCAGAACCAGAUUGCUGCCAUCCAGCGAGAUGCUGUCUGGUGGCUCCACACAGUGGUUCCAUCUAUCAGCAAACUGGCUCCGAAGGACUACGUGCACUGUCUUCACAAGGUGCUGUUCACAGAGCAGCCAGAGACCUACUACAAAUGGGACAACUGGCCCCCUGAGAGUGACCGCAACUUCUUCCUGCGCCUCUGCUCUGAGGUGCCUAUCCUUGAAGACACGCUCAUGCGGAUCCUUGUCAUUGGUUUGUCACGGUCUCCCCUCGGCCCUGCUGAUGCCAUGGAGCUUGCUGACCACUUGGUGAAGCGGGCGGCAGCUGUGCAAGCAGACGAUGUAGAGGUCCUGAGGGUGGAGAGAAUCCAGCUGAUUGAUGCAGUCUUAAAUCUGUGUACUUACCAUCAUCCGGAGAACAUCCAGCUGCCCCCAGGGUAUCAGCCUCCAAAUCUAGCCAUCUCUACCCUCUACUGGAAGGCUUGGCCUCUCCUCCUGGUAGUGGCCGCGUUCAACCCUGAAAACAUUGGGUUGGCUGCCUGGGAGGAGUAUCCCACACUAAAGAUGCUCAUGGAAAUGGUCAUGACUAAUAAUUACUCCUAUCCCCCCUGCACUCUGACGGAUGAGGAGACCCGCACAGAGAUGAUUAAUCGUGAGCUCCAAAUAUCCCAGCGGGAAAAGCAGGAGAUUCUUGCAUUUGAGGGUCAUCUGGCUGCUGCAUCUACAAAGCAGACUAUUACAGAGAGCAGCAGCCUCUUGCUGUCCCAGCUCACCAGUCUGGACCCCCAGGGCCCCCCACGCAGACCUCCGCCACAUGUCCUGGAGCAGGUGAAAAGCCUAAAUCAGUCCCUCCGCUUAGGACAUCUCCUGUGCCGCAGCCGCCACCCAGACUUUCUCCUCAACAUCAUUCAGAGGCAGGCCUCGUCCCAAUCAAUGCCAUGGCUAGCAGAUCUGGUUCAGUCCAGUGAGGGCUCCUUGGAUGUUCUUCCAGUGCAAUGUCUUUGUGAGUUCCUGCUGCAUGAUGCUGCUGAUGAAUCUGCCUCAGGCGAGGAAGAGGAGGAGGGAGAAAGUAAAGAGCAGCGUGCCAAGAAACGUCAGAGACAGCAGAAGCAGAGGCAGCUGCUUGGGCGCCUGCAGGACUUGCUCCUGGGCCCCAGAGCUGAUGAGCAGACCACAUGUGAGGUGUUGGACUACUUCCUGCGGCGCCUCAGUUCCUCUCAGGUGGCCUCCCGAGUGCUGGCCAUGAAGGGUCUGUCCUUGGUGCUAUCGGAAGGGGGAUUGCGUGAUAGAGAGGAAAAAGAGCACCCUAUGGAGGAAGAUUCUGGUGACUCUGAGCUCCUGCAGGGAUACCAGUGGCUGCUAAGAGACCUGCCGAGGCUGCCGUUGUUUGACAGUGUUAGGGCAACUACAUCUAUUGCCUUGCAACAGGCCAUCCACAUGGAGACCGAUCCUCAGACCAUCAGUGCUUAUUUGGUGUACCUAUCCCAGCACGCCCCCAUAGAGGAUCAGGGGCAGCACAAUGACCUCUCUCUGGAUGUGGCCAGGCUCAUAGUGGAACGCUCCACCAUCAUGUCUCAUCUCUUCUCGAAACUCUCGUACUGUGCUGAGUCAGAGGCAGUGCUGGUUGCUCUGCUCUCCAUCUUCUCAUGCUACGUUAAGCGCAUGCGCCAGAGCAAGGAAGGGGAGGAGGUGUACAGCUGGUCUGAGUCCCAGGAUCAGGUGUUCCUUCGCUGGAGUAGUGGGGAAACAGCCACUAUGCACAUUCUUGUGGUCCAUGCGAUGGUCAUUCUGUUGACGCUGGGACCACCUCAAGCAGGGGAAGGUGACUUUUGCGCCUUGCUGGACAUUUGGUUCCCAGAGAAGAAGCCCCUCCCCACUGCCUUUCUUGUUGACACUUCAGAGGAGGCCCUGCUGCUUCCUGACUGGCUGAAGCUGCGCAUGAUCCGCUCCGAGGUCCCUCGCCUAGUGGAUGCAGCACUGCAGGAUCUGGAACCGCAGCAACUGCUUCUCUUUGUUCAGUCCUUUGGGAUCCCAGUCUCCAGUAUGAGUAAACUCCUGCAGUACCUGGAUCAGGCAGUGUCUCACGACCCACAGACGCUGGAGCAGAACAUCAUGGACAAGAAUUACAUGGCUCAUCUUGUGGAGGUUCAGCAUGAGAGAGGAGCUACGGGGGGGCAGACCUUCCACUCUCUGCUCACCACUUCCCUGCCAACAUGCCGAGACGGUGCUGACACUCCAAAGGCCAAAACUAGUCCUGAGACCCCCCAAGGACAGAGUAGGAUCCGGGCGUUGACUCAGAUCCGGGUCCUGGGUCCUGAGGAUGACCUGGCGGGCAUGUUUCUUCAGCUGUUCCCACUGAACCCGGAUCCCCGGUGGCAGAAUUCGAACCCGCGCCCCAUCUCCCUGGCGUUACAGCAGGCACUGGGUCAGGAAUUGGCUCGCAUCCGCCAAGGGAACACACAGGUGACAGGGAUUUCAGUGCGUCUUCUCCAGGCAGUGGCAGCAUUGAUGAACUCUCCACAUAGCGGGGCUCUGGUGAUGGCCAUGCACCGAAACCACUUUAUCUCCUGCCCACUGCUGCGUCAGCUGUGCCAGUACCAGCGCUGCGUACCCCAAGACACCGCCUUCUCCUCGCUCUUCUUUAAAGUCCUCAUGCAGAUGCUGCAAUGGCUGGAGAAUCCUGCUGUGGAAGAUGGUCCUCUGCGUGCUCAGCUCAAGUCCUUUGCUGUGCAGUACUCUUCAAGGCAUAGGAUCAGUGAUGUUCGAGGUGGGUUCCUGCACCUGGCAGAAGCACUGGCAUUCCGUCGUGAUCCUGAUGUGAUCAGCUCCACUGUACGAGCCAUCAUUGCAACCCUGAAAUCUGGAGAGAAGUGUAAUGUGGAGCCAGAACUCAUCAACAAAGUCCUUCAAGGUCUGAUUGAAACACAGUCUCCUUACAUGGAGGAGCUUCUGACUGUCCUCUUCUCGGUUACCAUUGAGACUACAGCCAGGUUCCCUGCCAUGAGACCAAUUGCUGUGGUGAGCUCCCUGCUGCUCCAGGAGAAAGAGGAGACACCUGUGAAGAAGGAGUUGGAUAGCAGCAGUGCUGAAGCUGCUCGUCUAGGGCCCUCCUCGGGCCUUCUCAAUGACUGGCUGGAGAUGCUGGACCCUGAAGUAAUCAGCAGCUGCCCAGACCUCCAGCAAAAGUUGCUGUUCUCCUGGAACACGACUAAAGGUUAUUCUGGGUCUCAGGUGCCCUCUUUUCGCCCAUAUCUGUUGGCUCUCCUAACUCACCAGUCCAGCUGGACAACAUUGCACCAGUGCAUCAGGAUUCUGCUUUGCAAAAACCGGGAGCAAAGGUUUGACCCGACUGCAUCCUUAGAUUUCUUGUGGGCCUGUAUUCACAUCCCUCGGAUCUGGCAGGGAAGGGACCAGAGAACUCCUCAGAAACGUCGAGAGGAGUUCGUGCUCCAAUUAAAGGCAUCAGAGUUGAUCAGUUUGGUUGAGCUGAUCUUGGCCGAGUCCGAAACCAGAAGCCAGAAUACAGAGGAAGCCUCCUGCACGCUCAUCCAAUCACGGCUACCCCUGUUGCUCAGCUGUUGUCAUGGAGACCUAGAGAGUAUUAAAAAAGUAACAGAGUAUCUGACCGGCUGUAUCCAGCAGUGGGGCAGCAGCUCAGUGGGAAAACGCUGCCAGGACCUUCUCCUGCAGCUCUACCUGCAGCUGCCGGAGCUCCUUGUGCCCAUGCCUGAGACACUGCUGACCAGGGAAGGGGCUGCAGACAGCAGUACCUGCAAACUUGAUGCCCUGGUUCACAGAUUCAUCACCCUCCUCGCAGAAGCCAGCGAUUCCAAGUCAGCUGAGAGCCGUGUGUGGGAUGCCAACAUGGCAUGCAGGAAGCUAGCUGUGGCUCACCCCAUCCUUCUGCUUAGACACUUGCCAAUGAUCGCAGCUCUGCUUCAUGGGCGAGUACAUCUCAAUUUCCAGGAGUUUCGGCAACAGAACCACCUGACUUUCUUCAUCCAUGUCCUGGGGAUCCUGGAGCUGCUUCAGCCACAGGUGUUCCAGAGUGAGCACCAGGGGGCGCUAUGGGACUGUCUUCUCUCCUUCAUUCGCCUGCUGCUGAAUUACAGGAAGUCCUCACGUCAUCUGGCUGCCUUCAUCACCAAAUUCGUCCAGUUCAUUCACAAGUAUAUCACGUGCAAUGCCCAGGCUGCUGUGUCUUUUCUGCAGAAACAUUCUGACCCGCUCCAUGACCUGUCAUCAGAUAACAGUGACCUAGUGAUGCUGAAAUCUCUCCUGGCUGGGCUAAGCUUGCCCAGUAAGAGUGGUGUCUUGGAUAGAGGCUCUGAAGAAGAAAAGGAUGAUGAAGCAGCCGCCGGCUCUCUGCCCCUGGUCAGUGUGUCCCUCUUCACUCCCCUCACUCCAGCGGAAAUGGCCCCAUACAUGAAGAGACUCUCCAGGGGCCAGACUGUGGAGGAUAUCCUGGAGGUGCUGAGUGAUGUUGAUGAGAUGUCCAGACGGAGACCAGAAAUUCUCUCCUUUUUUGCUACUAACCUGCAAAGAUUGAUGAGCUCUUCAGAAGAGUCCUGCCGGAAUCUGGCCUUCAGCCUGGCUCUGCGCUCAAUUCAGAACAACCCGAGCAUUGCUGCUGAUUUCCUCCCCACUUUCAUGUACUGCCUUGGCAGCCGAGACUUUGAGGUGGUGCAGACAGCGCUGAGAAACCUGCCUGAAUACACCCUUCUCUGCCAAGAGCAUGCAGCAGUGUUAUUGCACAGGGCCUUUCUGGUUGGGAUGUAUGGACAAAUAGACACCAGCUCGCAGAUUUCAGAGGCCUUGAAGGUUCUGCAUAUGGAAGCCAUGAUGUGAACAUCGAUGCCCCGGGAACUGAUUUGUCCGGUUGACUUGAAUCGCUGUGAGGCAGCACUUUGUAUUCCAGCCCGUGGGCUGGGGGGGACAAGAAAGAGUGAUCGUGGAAGGCCAGCCUGAGCAGAAGGAGAGCUCACGCCUGGGGUCUGAUUGAAGGAAUACAAGGAUAGAUCCUACUUAGGACAUCACUUCGGUGGGAGCAAAGGGGCUUCUAAGCACGGCGUAUUACAAGGGACCACAUCCUUGGGAUCUCGGAUGGUAUUUACCACUUCCUGUUGGGCAGUGGCUAUGACUUCAAUCACCACCUCACAUCCAGGAGGCCAUAGCAUUUGGGGUAGGGGAAGGGAGAGUUGCCAUGGGGCUCUCUAAGCUUGUGACCUCUGGAUUGUCCUUUGCAUGUUGGAGGGAACAUAGAAAUCUGUACAGAGCAAGAGACUCAGUGUUACUGUUUGUGACUCCUUUUUAAAUUAAAACUCUUCUAGUUC